AUGCUUUCCCAAGGUUCCAUCCCAGAAGUGAAAGAAAAUGAAGUCGGUUAUGCUCUAGAAGAGCGUAGGUCCAAAUUAUCUCAAUUCCUCGAUUUAGGUCCACCUGAUUUAAUUACCUUAAUUAAAUACCUACCAUCCUCAAGUAGUCAUCAAGGCUCGACUAAUGCAGCUAACCAUUUAAGCUCAACCAAUUCAAGCAACAAGGAUCAGUCAGAUGCCACUGGACCAAAUUCAAAUGAAAAUACUCCUCCAAUAUCAAAUGAACCAUCAUCAAUUGUCACAGAAUUACAUGCCCAUGAUAAAUUGAAAGGUGAAAUUGGAACCUUUUUCUACUCCUUAGGGGUAGACACAUCUGAUCCUACAGCAAUUACCAUCUUUUUGAAAAAAAUCGCUGAUUUAAUAACUGAAAAUCCACAAACUUGGUUUGGUAAAAGGAAAAAUUUCCAAAUUGCGAGAAUAUCAUUAUCAACAUGGAAUACAUUUAGGAAAUGUGAUGUCAAUGUAAUGGUCCACAUUCCAGGUACUGUACAAACUUUUAUGUUGGAUUAUAAUGGUGAACAAUUACAAAUUGAGCACUCAUCUCAAAUUGAUUUGAUUUGGGCAGAAACUUUCAUUAGCGGGGUAGUUCGUUCCAUAACGUUAAUGAAGGAUAAUUCAGAAGAGGGGGAAAUACAAAACUUGGUGGAAACCUUGAUCAUUGAUCCGUUAACCUCUGGUCAAUUAGGUGACGUUACAAACACUUUUAUUGAUUUAUUCCCAUUAGUUUAUGAAAGAGGUAAUUUAUUAGGAGGCCCCUGCUAUGCAUCAAAUGUUACCAAUAUUAAUAACUACUUAGUAGAGACAUUAUCAACUAUCGUAAAUUUGACCCAAAGUAUAAAUAAAUGUCGCGAAAUGUUAGAAAAACUGGUAGAAAAAUAUCCUGAAGCCAUAGUCAUUCUCGUACGUUUAUUAUUUGAAAAUGAUUUAGAAAUCGAUGCUAUAAAUUUAGUUCAUGAACAAUUAGAGAUCGUAGAAAGACAAAGUGAGAAAUAUAAUAAUCAACAAGUUGUUAAUUACAUAUCUGCUUUAUUAUGUGUCGAAGCAGAAUUCCUUUUGAAUAUAAAGAAAGAUUUCAAAUAUGCACAAUUGAUAGCACAAAAGGCUGUUAAUUAUUCACCAAAUGAAUUUAAACCAUGGUAUUUAUUAACAAAGGCAUAUGCAAGGUUAAAUGAUCCUGAAAAUGCAUUAGUAACUUUGAAUGCUUGUCCAAUGGCACUCUUAAGGGAAAAAUAUACAUUAAAGAGGGUAGUUCCAUUUCCUUCAGAUGAUAGCCUUCAUUUACCCUUACCAGUUGAUGCAGUGCUUGAUGAGGUGACGUCUUUAAACUCUAUCGACAUUCAAAAUGAACAUAAAUCAUCAGAUCCAACUUUAAUUAAUUUACCAGCUGGUAAUUUAAAAUCAACGUACCAACUUGCAUACAAAUUAUUAACAGAAAUCGUACAAUUAACUGGUUGGGAAUUAUUAUUGAAGAUAAGAACAAAACUAUUUGUCAUGGAAGAAGAAUAUCAAGGAUCAAUAAAUGAAAAUAUAGACUCAACUUCUAACGAACAAGAUAACGAAACUAGAAAUUCCACUUCAACAACAGCAAUAACAACAGAUCUGUUACGUAGUAAAAGACUUUGCGAAAGAUGGCUAGAUAACCUCUUCAUGUUAUUAUACGAAGAUUUGAAAACAUACACACUAUGGCAAACGGAACAAAUAUAUUUCGAAGCACAACGUACCAAAUACAUUAAAUCAACUGUGGAAUGGGAAGCAUUUGGUCUAUGUGCACGUCGUCUUGGCCAUUAUCCCGAGGCUGCAGUAGCAUUCGAAAAAGGACUAUCGCAAAGGUUUUCAUCAAAAUCAGCUCAACAACUAAUGAAUUAUUGUGUUAACGAACGUCAACGAAUUAUAAAUCAAUCAAAUCUUCCUAAUUGUGAUAUGACGUCAUCACAAAUAGUUUCAAAAAUUUCUGAAUUAGAUAGUACUAUUAUCGAUUUAUGUGUGAAAACUUGUUGUUGGAAUCAUCGUUGGUACAUUGAGUUUUCUUUGAAUCUAUUUAAUGCAUUAAGUCCAGUUGUUUUCGAUAUGGGACUAACUAAAUUAUCAAAUGAAAUUGCUGCCAGAUAUUCUGAAAGUGUUUUCAGAUUAGUUAGAGAAAAUCUAUUAGAUUUCUUUGAAAAAUAUACUAACGACCACUACGAUUCAUGA